AUGACUCUUCAUCUAAAUGGUAAUCAAAAUAAUAAUGCUAUUUCAUUGAUUAUAUGUAAUCAAAUUAAUUUUCAUGAAAUUAUUGAUUCUAGUGAUAUAAUUAGGAUUGGUGUAGUAGAUUUUGAAAAAGAAUAUAAUAGCUCUAAUUUUGUCAAACUCAAAAAUAAAUUUACUUUUAAAUUGGACGAAUUAGUUCCAACAACUAAGAUCCCAAAAAACAUUCUAGAGAUGAUUAAAAAUAUUUCUAAAGUCAAGACAUUCGAAGAAUCAGAAAAACUUCUAAAAAGGAUCUACAGUAGCCAUUCAUUAUUUAGCUCAGAAAUUAGAUUGAGUUUGGAAGUGGCAAUAAGAGCAUCUGCAGAAAAAAUAUUUAGGUAUUUUAGUCUUGAUGCAUUUUAUUGGGAAAGGAAUCUAUCAGAGAGUCAUAUAAGCCAUGGAAUGUUCUUAGACUUAUUUGUAAAUUUAUUUUAUGAUGGAAUGAAAUAUUUAGUAGAUGACCAAAAAGAACUUUUAGCUAAUAAAAGCCGUCGUGUCUCCUUACUUGUUGGAAAAAACUCUGUAAAGGCAUUGGUUCCAGAUAUUAAAAUAACUUUUAGAAAAAGAGAUUUAGAAUGUUUAGUAAUAGAACAUGGAAAAUUUGAAGCAGUAAUUGAUAAUGGAAAAGCAUUAAGUGAUACAGAUAAAUUAUGCACUCUAUUGCAUGAUAUGCUUCGUUCAUAUCAUAAGUUAUUAAAAAAAGGUGAAAACAGAGGCAAAAUAAAUCAGAUCCAUCGCUUGAAAGCCUUUGGAAUUUUAACAUCAAAGCUCGACAUGAAAAUAUAUACAUUAUCACUCCCACUUCCUCAACUAUAUAUAUUUCAAUGUAUUGGAGAAUGUUCCUUUCCCAAAACAAUUCCUAAUAUAGAUCAAUUGAAACAUUGCUUGGAAUUAUUAAUAAAACUUAGGUUUCUUGUUGACAAGAACCUUGAGGAGUUACAAGAUAUUUUGGAGGCACCUCCUGGUGGGGGAACUUCAGAUGAAGAAUGGGUAAUUAAACAAAAUUUAACACCACAAAGUAUAUCAAGAAUUAAAAAAUAUUCUAUCAAUGAAGAAAGUCAUAAUCAAAAUCUAUUAUUGGCAUUUGAAGAUUCACUUAUUUAA